GCCAGAUACAUAGCCUGAGAUCCAUGGCCGGAGACGGCGGCGAGGUGACGCUGCUGGGCCACUGGGGGAGCCCGUUCGUGACGCGGGUGCGGCUGGCGCUGCGCCUCAAGCGCGUGCGGUACGAGUACGUGGAGGAGGACCUGCGCAGCAAGAGCGACCUCCUCCUGCGCUGCAACCCCGUGCACCGCGCCGUGCCCGUCCUCAUCCACGACGGCCGCCCCGUCUGCGAGUCGCAGGUCAUCCUCCAGUACAUCGACGAGGCCUUCGGGCCUCCCGCCCUGCUCCCCGCCGACCCGCACGAGCGUGCCGUGGCAAGGUUUUGGGCCGCAUACUUCGACGGCGAGCUGGGCGCGCCGUGGGACCGGGCGCUCAGGGCCGGGACCGAGGAGGAGCGGGCCGCGUGGAUGCAGACGGUCGUGGCCGCGGCGGACGGGCUGGAGCGCGGGCUGGGCGAAUGCACCGACGGCGGGCGGAAAGGAUGCUUCUUCGGCGGCGAGCGGGUCGGGUACGUCGACGUCGUGGUGGGCGGCGUGGUCUCGUACGUGCACGCUGCCGCGAUGGUCUCCGGCGAGAGGGUGUUCCAGGAUGAAGGCAGGACGCCGCUGCUGGCGGCGUGGCUGCGGCGCUUCGGCGAGCUCGACGCCGCCAGGGAGCUGCUCCAGGACGUCGACCGGGUCGUGGAGUACGUCAGGUUCAUACACGCCAAGAACGCUGCCAAGGCUCCUGCGAAUUAACUACGGCUCGAUGUAUUAGCAGUUUAGCACACGCGCGUCGUCCGCUACCAUAUAUGCCGCUAUGGGACUGUCGUGAUGUGCCGACUGAAGUGAAAAGAAAGAGCUGAAUGUCAUGCAGCUCAAUGUGUAUCAGGGAGUGAUGGGUGGCUAGUUCCUUUUGUGAAAAUUCAUUCCCUUAUUAAAUACUCCCUCUGUUCAUUUUUGUAAGACGUUUUCAGCUGAAAUUAAACUAUUUUUAGAUGUUA